AUGUCAUCGUCAAACACCAGCCGCCGGUCGGGGACACAUGAACUUCAUCGAUACCUCUACGAUGACAGUAACCUUGUUGAUCGCUUGCAUCAAGGCUCCAGGACGCACGCCUUAAGGCUCGGAGCAACAACCCCGAGACAAGUCGCUCCUGACGGCAAGGCUAAUCAUUCUCAAUCAAGCCCUGCAGCAUCGCGGCAAAAGCGCAGGGACACUGCCGCAGUGCGCCAACUCGAAAGAGACAUGGAUGCCCGGACAGAUGCUCAGAUGCUCCGCACUGCUCGACAGGACCAAGCAAAUCGCGACCUGUGGCCCAAGUGA